AUGGCCUCCACUAAGCCCAAGAUUCUCUUCGUUCUCUCUUCCCAUACGGCGGGAUGGUAUCUUCCAAUUAAUUGGAACAUGCAGCCUGAGUUUGCACACCCGUACCAAGUUCUCUCGCCCCACGUCGAGGUGUUUACAGCCUCACCUCAGGGCACGUCGACGGUUGAUCCUAUUUCAGUAAAGCUCUUCAAGGAUGAUGCAUACUGCCAGGAGUUUUACAACACAAAGCAAGACCUUUGGACAACCACUCCGAAGCUUUCCUCGUUUAUAGGACGCGCAAAAGAAUUUGAUGUUAUCUUUGUCGUCGGAGGAUUUGGACCAAUGUACGAUCUGGCCACGGAUACCACCUCUAUUCAGCUACUACGCGAAUUCCAUGAUGCUGGUCGCAUUAUUGUCGCUCUCUGCCAUGGCUCGGCCGCUUUGGUCCAUGUUAAACUGGCCGAUGGAUCACCGAUCCUCGCCGGUCAUCAAGUAACGGGCUUCAGCAAUCUCGAGGAGGAGCAGGCAACCAGCAAUGGAAUAGUCCCUCCGGGUAUGCCAUUCAGUCUCGAAGAUGCCCUCAACAAGGCCAGCGGCGACAAAUAUGAGAAGUCAACUGAGGCUUGGAGUCCACACGUCAUCGUGGACCCAUCUCGAAAAUUGCUAUUUGGACAGAAUCCUAACAGUGCUCAUCCAUUGGGAGAAAAACUGUUGGAAGUCUUGACUCACUAA